AUGUACCAAAAGGCAAUGGCCGUUGGCAUACCGGCUUCAUUUGUAGAGCUACGCCAUGAAGCUACUCAUAGGGACUUACCGUCUCUUGUGGUUUUGAGAGAUGCUGCUAGACGGUCAAUGAACUGGCUCUGGGAAUUCUACUGGGCUAAGAUUGACGAUAGCAGCCGCUGCAUAUGUGAACCCUCCCCGGGGGAUGAGCCAGAACUCAACGAUGACCAGAAAUCAGACAUUUUGCUGCAGAACCUAACCUUCCUGGUUCACCCGCUCAUCAACUAUAUAUAUACAACAGCCGGAAUUCAUGGACGCCGGAACCGAAGAAAACAGCAGCCAGGAGUGAAAGAGGGCGCCAUUCAAAACAUCGUUGCAUUAUGUCGUAAAGAGAAAUUGGCUGGAGCCCAGCUGGUAGAAAUAUUAAUAGAUCGGGAUCUUGGUCAUCUCAGUUCAUGCGGUUACGGGAGGGAUGACAUGGGAGCCGAGGAGGAAGAUGGGCAACUGUUCAUUGUUUGGGAUGAUGUAUUGAAGGAGUUAUCCCGUUCCUACGAGCCGUUCCUUACUUUGUUGGUGGAAGGAAUGACAGCUGUCUUAGUCUCCGCCGAUGCAGACACUUUUGUGGAUGUUGAGGAUUGGGAUGACCUAGUAGGAGAGACCUUCGAGGAAGAACUAUUCCAGUGGCUGGAACAUAUCCUUACUGAAGACGCGUGGGUGUCACUACGCAAUCGAUACCUUGUCCCGACCCAUGCUAGAGCUAUUUGUCUUGAAUCAGGCUCAGCCGAAGGGUUCUGGGCUUCAGAGAUAAGCCGUAUAUUGCCGGGCGCUUAUAUCCCUCGUGAAAGUGAAAAAUACACAUCGUCCGGCGCUCCAGGCCCCCCGAUUGAUCAAAACCCGGACAUAGCUGUGUUACAGAACUAUGGGUGGGAUUUUGGACAGGCGAUAUCAUGCAGGCCGAUAGGGGCUAGUAUAGACCCCUGA